UUAUUCUCCUACUCAGGCUUUCAUAUAACGUAUUACCGCCAUUUGAACAAUCUCUUGUUCGCCUCUGCAGACGCUCUAGCUCUUUCCAACUUCGUUUUGAGGAUAUGGCAAGAGGAUUGAAGAAGCAUUUGAAGAGGCUCAAUGCUCCAAAGCAUUGGAUGCUCGACAAACUCGGUGGUGCAUUUGCCCCCAAACCUUCAUCUGGACCUCACAAAUCAAGGGAAUGUCUCCCACUGAUUUUGAUAUUGCGUAACAGAUUGAAAUAUGCUCUCACAUACCGUGAGGUAAUUUCAAUUUUGAUGCAACGACAUGUUUUAGUUGAUGGGAAGGUGAGGACAGACAAGACGUACCCUGCUGGGUUCAUGGAUGUUGUGUCGAUUCCCAAAACAAAUGAGAAUUUCCGGCUUCUCUACGACACAAAAGGCCGAUUCCGUCUUCACUCAGUCAGGGAUGAAGAGGCUAAGUUUAAGCUGUGCAAAGUUCGGUCAGUGCAGUUUGGGCAGAAGGGAAUUCCUUAUCUGAACACUUACGAUGGACGAACAAUCCGAUAUCCCGACCCCCUGAUCAAGGCAAACGACACCAUCAAGCUAGACCUCGACUCGAACAAGAUUGCUGAUUUCAUCAAGUUUGAUGUGGGAAACGUUGUGAUGGUGACUGGUGGAAGAAAUAGAGGACGAGUUGGAGUAAUUAAAAACAGGGAGAAGCACAAGGGAAGCUUUGAGACAAUUCACAUUCAGGAUGCUACCGGGCAUGAAUUUGCAACUCGGCUGGGCAAUGUGUUUACGAUUGGGAAGGGGACAAAGCCAUGGGUGUCCCUUCCCAAGGGCAAGGGUAUAAAACUAUCCAUCAUUGAAGAAGCCAGGAAGAGGCUUGCCAACCAAGCAGCCGUUACGGUUUAAGAGUUGAGUGUUGUAGUCAUGAUUCUAAGACUAUUUUUGUUUAAUAUUUGGUGUUCUAAUAUGAUUAUAAAUUAGAUGUUGAGACUAUUUCUGUUGCUUCUAUAAUUUUUU